AUACUUAUCGGCGUCCGACAAUGGUGGUCUUUCUUGACUUCAAGGCAGCAUUUGACUCGGUAGACCGCGAGAUUUUGUGGCAGUGUCUGUCAUUGAAAGGCGUACCCCAGAAGUACAUAAACCUUGUGAAGGCUCUUUACUCGAACACUACUAGCCGAGUCAGAGCUUAUGGCGAACUGUCAUCUGCUUUUGCAACCUCGAGUGGUGUUCGUCAAGGCUGUCCACUUUCCCCAUUUUUGUUUAACUUCAUCAUAGAUCUACUGAUGGAAAUCACUUUCUCGUCGACUGAAUUCUCGGGUAUUGAUCUCCUUCCAGGAGGUCCACUUAUCGACUUAGAAUACGCAGAUGACAUAGUCCUGUUUGGUGAAGACGCUGACGAAAUGCGGAGUCUUCUGGUAGCACUGAGCAACAAUGCCAGAAUGUUUGGAUUGCGCUUCUCUCCCUCUAAGUGCAAGUUGUUGCUUCAGGACUGGUCUGCGUUAACACCUGAACUAAGGAUAGGGAGUGAAGUAGUCGAACGCGUUGACAACUUCACUUAUCUUGGAAGUCUGAUCAGCCCUAAUGGGCUGCUGUCUGACGAAAUCUCAGCACGGAUUCGAAAAACUCGUUUGGCUUUUGCCAACUUACGUCACCUGUGACGAAGGCGAGAUAUCCGUCUAUCAAUAAAAGGACGAGUAUACUGCGCGGCAGUCUGUUCUGUUUCAAUUUACGUCUGCGAAGCGUGGCCAUUAAGAGUAGAAGACACUCGUAAGUUACUAGUAUUUGACCACAGAUGUCUUAGAAAUAUUGCUGGCGUCUGCUGGGAUCACCAGGUAAGUAAUAGUGAGGUUAAACGCAGGGUAUUAGGGAAUGAUGGUAAAUCAGUUGAUGAGGUUAUGAAUCUUCAUCGACUGAGAUGGUUGGGCCACGUGUUACGUAUGCCUGAAUACCGAUUACCACGACGUGCAAUGCUAUCCGGUAUUGGAGAUGGUUGGAAGAAAGUUAGGGGCGGCCAAACCAAAACGUGGCAUCAGUGCUUGAAGACACUAACCUCUAGUCUGAGCCAAUGUUGGUAGAUGCACACUACUUGGUCGGGGUCUGCGUGACUAUCAUAACCAAUGGUUGGAGACUCUUGAUGACAUGGCUCAGAAUCGAUCACAAGGGCGUCGGUGUAUACACUCUCUGUCUUCCCUUAAACUAAGAGAUUAAAAUCGCUUCAUACCUUUCUUUCUACGGAUCAAUUUUUUCUUCUUGUACUAUAUCUCUAUAUGCAAUCUUUCUCUUAUAUAUUACGACCUUUGACCUAACCACUGCUAUGAAUCCGGUGUUCAUCUUGUUGUGCUGAUGCGGUAUGGCAACUUAGACUGAUGCACGUAUGUGCCUGGUCCUAUGUUGUAGCUGACUGACUGACUGAUAGACCUUAAAGGAAUCCAUUGGUUUUUUGUAACCCUUUGGUUUAAAUCACUAAUAGAUGUCCCUGCUGUUUCCACAGCUGUUUGUAUAUCUUACCUAAGUGUAACCUCAGUUGUUCCUGGAAUCUACUUUCGGCUUUCUCGUCACUCAAUUUAAUUCUAAUGAGUCUUUUUAAUGUGGCUUUUCUUCGACCACUGAGGUGAAAGUAGAUGCGUGCCCGUAUUAGGGCAUGGUCGGAAUCCAAGCAGGCAUUCCACAACGAGUGAUAAUCUAUCGAGCAUCUCUAUUGAUGACUGAUGGCAAUAUGGUCUAUUUGAGCCCAUUGUUGGUUUGGUGCAGGGGGUCGCUAUGUUAUUAUCUAAAUACCUUUUCAAAUGGGUGUUAUGAUUUAGUUGUCAGGAUAUCUUUCGUGUUACCUAAAUGAAAAUUAUAUUGUAAAUGUAUACUACGUCCAAAUCCAUGUUACAAUUUACAAGAACACUCGUAGACGUGUUACAUGAUUCAGUACUAUCUCACGGCUUUUGCAUUUAUUUGUUUUAACAUUCCAGACUUUUACUCAUUAGCUUAAACUAAUGCAAAUAGCUUCGUUAGGUGAUUUCAGUACAACGUGAUUUCUAGCAGGCUUAUUGUUUGAUCCCUGCCGGGAAAUCAGGUUGGUAUUUUUCCUUUCUAGUCAGCUACUUUAAGCUCCACUUUUCUCCAUUUCUCUUUUAUUGUGAAACUCAAAUUAUUUUACGUAUAUUAUCUCCGAAAUUCCAUAGAAAGUGUUCCGGGUAGUUAUACCAAUCGAGCGAGGUUUAGUUUUUGGACGAAUCGCAAUUGAAACUUGGUCUCUUUUUCAACAAGCAAAAUCAAUGACAUUUCCAAUUUGUACAGAAAGUAAUCACGCUCCAUUUAAAGAUCAGAUCGACGAUGAGACCGUAAUGUUUGAUCUGGACAUGAGCGUGGAUACUUUGCCUGAUACACCCCUAAAGAAUGAUGAUGGUGACUCGGACACACAAAAGACUCGGACGAAUCAGUCCAGUAAUUCUCUUUCCGCCACUCCUUCAAGACGUGAAAGUAAAAUGAAGUCAGAUAUGUCUCGUUCUACUUCCAUCUCAGGACUUACUGAUAAUGUUAACUUGGAGGACAUUUAUGAGUACGACUGGGCUGAUAGUGAUUCUGAAUCACCUGGUGGAAAACAUGAGAAGGAGUCAUACAUAGUUCAAGAAGUUCUUGCUGACUUUUUAAAGGUUAAAUCUUUUAAACGCAAGUACCCUGAUCUAGCUAGGCGCGCUAUGGAUGCUUAUGAACGAUCGUGGUUGCAACAAGAGGGGAUUGUUCCCGUUGGUCGUGCAGACCUUGGUCUCACAGCACUCAAAACUGAUGAUGUUAUGAAGCUUUUGCAACAGGAUUACCCAGAGAUACACAUUGCUCUCACGGAUUUGUUUCGUCGACGAAAAUUUAAAACGGCUGUCGAGAAUCAAAAGCGUCAAUAUGAAGCUGCUCGUAUUGAACGUGGAGAGGCUCGAGCUGAAGCAGCUCGCAGACGAGCGUUAGAUUCUGCCGCCGAUUACAAUCAUCGCUUGAUUACCGAACGUAUGAGUUCAAGACGUUGUUAUUGGGAUUUACAGACAAUGCAAAUUCACAUUCCCCAGAGAAUUUAUAAGUUAUUAGAAUAUCCAACUUUUCCCAAUGGUGCAUAUCCUGUGGCAGUCAUACCUGGACAGUUUGCAGAAUAUUUUAUGAGCUAUACUCCUGAACAGUUAUCAUACCUUCCAUUAUCACGUGUUUUAUAUCCACAUCCACUACGAAAACAUAGAAAUCCACCUCCUCUCCCCACAACACUUCGAUUUGGUUCGAUUAAGCCGAAAGUCAAUCCACCUACUAUGACCUCUUGUGAUUUCGGUGAUCAAAAUUCAUUUGGUUUAGACCAUUCUAGAUCUAUUGACUCUUUAAACCAUCAAACCACAAGCUCAAUGGAAGGUCUUCGAACUAGAUAUGCAAACGGAUCACUAUUAUCAAGUGGUGUUGCUAAUUCAAACAUGUUAGUUGGUGAUAAAUCAUCGGUUUCUGAUGUGGAAACAGAUAAAAUCAGUAAUUCGAUCUAUCGACGAUAUAAAACAAAUACAGAGAUAAAUACAGAAAAUCCUAUUUGUGUUGUAUGUGGCCAAUUAGCUAUGAAUUAUAUACGUUGUUUUGAGUGUAAAUUAAUUGGUCAUCCAAAAUGUUUGGAUAUACCUGAUUCUAUGCUAUCAGGUGUGAAAAGCUAUGAUUGGACAUGUUUAGAGUGUAAACGGUGUGUGGAAUGUAAUGAUUCAGGUCAAGAAGAUCAAAUGAUGUUUUGCGAUCGUUGUGAUAGGGGUUAUCAUGCAUUUUGUGUUGGUUUAGGACGAAUUCCUAAUGGAAAUUGGGAAUGUUUAUUAUGUGAAUCAUUGCCAACUCCGCCUAGGAAAGGACGUCCUAGAAAAAAUAGACCUAAAGACUCGGAUGAUUUACCAUGGGGUUAUAGUGUGAAGAAACCACGUAAAUCAAUAUUGAAGCGGAAAAUUUGUCAAACACCAGGUGUCAAUGAUACCAAAGACACAUCUUUAGCAUAUAGUUCUUAUCCAUACGGUAGCGUCCAACCAAUAGUCCCUGGUGCUGAAUUAGUACCUAAACGACGUCGAGGCCGUCCUCCGACAAAAAAUCGCGUUAUUGUAUCUCUUCCACCCCCGUCUUCUCCAUAUUUUUCGAACCCAACCAACUUUAGUCCUACUCGUUCAGAUGUUUCUAUACCCCUACCAACCUCUCUGCCUACACCAUUAUCGAUCAAAGUGUCUAUGAUUGAAAGUGAACCUUCAGGACUAUGUCCAGUUAACGCCAUUUCAACUAAAAUAGAAUCCUUUGUUGCGGAAAAAGUUGAUAUUUCCGAAAAGUCUGAACAUUUAAAACCGGAUAACAAUGAUAGUAUUAUUAAUAAUAGUAGUACGGUCGAUCAAACUGAAAAUGACAUUGUGAAACAUGUUGGUGAAAUGCAGAUUCCUUCUUCAACAAAUUCAUCUGAAUCAAAUAAUAUUGAAAACUGAUUAUUCAUUUAAACUGUUAACCAUCUUUUACCCUCCAGACUUGUAUAUUUAUCCAUUGUACUUAAAAGUCCCUAGUUUCAUUUUUAAUAACUAGUUUUAGUUAUCUUUCUUUCCAUGUAUUUGUAAUAAUGAAAUUUAUAUUCUAUAUUUCAAAUAUGGUUGAAUUUCUGAAAUAUAUUUAUUGUCAU